AUGUCUAUGUCUGGGAGACCAGGAAGUGGCAGCAACAUCGCGAAUAUUGCCAGCAGCUCUGGCUCGGCUUAUGAGCUGCAGGGCGUGGAACAACAAAAGUUUAGUCUGCCCGCUGUGCCGUUGCCGCCGCCUCCACCAUUUCCAACAGGACAGCACAACUUUGCUUUGAACGCAUUUGCCGGCAUUGCUGCUGCAGAGCAUUCGGGUAGCCCCUCAGCUUCCUCAUCAUCCACAACCACCUCCUCCUUAUCCACGUCCUCCUGUGGAGGAUUGCUAAAAUCUCGCUAUGGUCUCAUACAAACGCCCAACUUUCCACAUCGCUUUGCCACGCCCAUCGAAUGCGUGUGGAUUAUUGACGCCUCGGACUUGCCAUCCACGGCACAGAGCAAUGUUUCCAUUAUCGUCUAUUUGACGCAGCUCUAUGUGCUCGGUGGCCUCAAGUUCACCGAAUAUAUGUACUAUUCCGAUGACUUUAAAGUGCCGGCCCAUCGCAUCUUCACCCUAACCGAGGACGAUGCCACCCAAGUCACAUGGCUGCAGUUCAACAGUCAGUAUCUGGAGAUACGCUUCACCAUGUCCACGCUCGAUGGCACCCACUUGCGUGCUCUGGACCGCCUCCUGGAUGUCUACGGAUUUAACAUCACCUACGAGGUGCAGCACGAGGUGAAGGCAACACAAUGCAAUACCCUGCAGUGCCGUUUCCUGGGUGAUUGCUACGCCAGUGCGGAUUACAGCUCAUAUGGAUGCGCCUGCUUUGCGGGCUUCAGCGGCAGCGAUUGUGGUCAUGGCCCAUUGUGCCAGGAUGUGCAGACAAAUGUUUGCCAAAAUGGCGGCACAUGCAAGCACAUCGGCGAUGCGGCCAUAACCUGCCACUGUCCGCCCGGCUACAAAGGAACCAAAUGCGAGAUACCCGAGAUAAACGAGACGACGCAGGGCUGCAUUGGCAAUGCAAGUGCCAACAACUGCCACCAUGCCUGCGACUUUGAUAAUACCAGCAAUGGGUUUUCCCUAUUCAAGAGCAGUCGCACUGCCGCCCGGAGUGGCAAAACGCGCUACGAAGUGGCAAUGCGACUGGGCGCCAAUCUGACCGGCUAUUAUCGGCAUGCGGAGCGCGAGCAGUUGGCUGGCGUCAUGGAAAGACAGCUCACACGUGUGCUGCGCAACUUCAACAUUACAAAAAUAAGCGAUCUUGAACUGAUUUCGAAUACCAUCGAUCGUCUGGACAUAACAUUUCAUUUCUUUGGCGUGAAGGGCGACUCACAGCGUAUUCGUGAGGCCAUCACGCGAAUGGUGGAACGAGGGCGGAUUGGAAACUUUACGCUUGUCUCGAAUUUCCAUCACUUUGAUGAGAAUCCACCACUGAAUUUGUUGGAGCUGAGCGUCAAUCAACCGCAAGCAGCCGUGCGCGAGGACAGUGAGUUCAUCAUAUCCUGCACGGCCCAGGGCUCCUCACGCAUGCAAUUUCAAUGGUACAAGGAUGGCGCUCCAGUCAAUGCCACCAGGGCCACAAGAGAAAUUUGGACCACCGUACUGCCACCGGACACAAAAGAUGUUUACACCGCCAUACUGGGCGUAACGAAGGCCAGUCGCAUCGAUGAGGGUGUCUACAGUUGUAAGGUCACCGACUGGGGCGUGGAGCAGUGUCGCUCCCUCCAUAUACACAUCAAGUCGCCACCGCGCUUGCGAGUGGAUCCUGCCAGUGUGACGCUGCAGCGUGGCGAUUCGCUGCGAGUGCGUUGCCUCUCGCCAGGCAAUGAUGACAUCAAGCGGUAUGCCCAGCUCGGCUACAGCUGGACACGGAACGGCGUGCUGUUCCAAUCAGAUCCAGCAACGGCCAUGUGGGAGGAUCUCUAUCCAGAUGGCAGCAUCCUCAAAAUCAAUAACAUUCAAAAGUCAGCGGAAUAUGCCUGUCUGGUGUCGAACAGCGUCCGACCCGUGUCAAGGAGUGUUUACAUCAAUGUCAUCGAACGUAAUGCGGCCCAUGUGUGCCUGGCCGAGUCCAGCUACGGCGUACACUGGCCCACAAGUGCUCCAGGCGCCCCCAUUAUUACGGACUGUCCGCGCGGCUUCGAGGGGCACUCACGACGCAUUUGCGAGCAACGCGACGCGGGAAACUCCAGCUGGCUGCUGCCCGAUUUUUCGGCCUGCGUACGUGAUGAAUUGCUGCUCAUUUACAACCGAUAUAGGGCGCUGAGUGCGGGAUUUCAGCAAACAAACUCAUCAAACAUAUUGAAGGCGUGCUUUGAUUACACCCUACAAAGACGUCAGAGUUUCUUGCCCGGGGAGGCCAGCUUUCUCAUCGAUAUGCUGCAUGAGCUCGACACCUAUUUGCAAUUGAAAGGCACACAACUGGAGCGUGAGAUGGCCGCGGAGAUAAUCCUGCGAAUUCUGGAUAAAGUCAUGCAAAACACACAAUCCUUGAACAGUCAACAGCAAAUUAAAAAGCUGCAACUUUUAACGCAAUCCGCUGCUCUGAAUCGCGAGACAAUUGCGGCCUCCCAAUUGGCCACAUCGACGGGCAAUAGCCCGGCAACUUCGGCUGACAACUCGGCGACAACUUUGAACGCACCGGGCAAUGGCAAUGUCAAUGACAAUAUCCAUGGCGGAGCAGGAGGCAGUGCCAGUGGCGCUGUAGUUGGAGGAUCUGGCACGGGCAGCGUUCAUGGCCACAGUCCCGCGGUCAAAUUACAGGCAGCUCGCGGAGGUGGCGGUGGCGGCGGUGGUGCUGGUGCUGGUGGUGACGGCUCGAGUAUUUUGACAGUGGAUGAGGACACAUUGUCGCUGGAUCGCCUGAAUUCUCUGCGCAUUUACAUGACUUCGGUGAAAACUUUGCCGUUUAAUUUGCGCAUAUACGGCGACGAUUUAUUUUCGGAUCAACUUUAUAUGGACAUUGGUCUCUCCACGCGUCUCUUGCAUAUCAUGGCCAAUUCGACAAUAUUUGCUUCUGUGAUCUCGUAUAAGAAUCUAAAAAGUUUCCUACCCAAAACUUAUUACACACGUGGCAGCGAUCCCAAGGACUCGGACUAUGUGCUCGCUUCCCGCAUUAUACAAACCUGGCUCUUUCAGUCGAAUCGCUCGAACGACAACUUCCGGGAGCCACUCGAUCUGCCCUUUGAGGCCGGCCAUGUGGAGAUCAUAUUUCAGCACGAGAGCGUGCCCAAGACUGGUGACUGGGUGGCGGUGUGUGGUCACGACUACAAGGCCUCGUUCGACUCGACUUGGCGCUCGGAUCUGUGCAUCACCAAGCAUCUGAUGGAGAACAUCACGCGCUGCAUCUGUCCGCUCUCCGGUACCUAUGUGGUUAUGUUGACCAAACGGCAACAGAAUUCGACCCAACCGCACGCCCCCCAACGUCCCAUCUUCGUCAUCGUGAGCUGCGCCUGCUGCCUCCUCCAAUGCUGCUCAGCCUUCCUCAUCCUCCUGCCAAUCUGGUGUAAUCGCAAGUGUGCCGUGACCUUCCUCAAAAUGCAAUUCUGCAUUUCCACAUCGAGCGUCAUGCUAAUCUAUGUGCUCGGAUUCAUGAAAAUGCUGCCAGUGAACUGGCACGCCAUUAUCAGCAGCUCGCUGGCCUCGUUGCUGUUGCUCGGCAUCUCCACGCUGAUAGCCAUUGCGUUGGUGAUACACACCGAGCUGGUGCCGAAGAAGUAUCUGAAAAUUGGCAGCAAACCGGCCACACCCACCAAGGGCGGCACCCACCACAAGGCGGAAGCGCUGCAGGAGAAGCGCCGCGAAAGUCUCAGUAAUAUAACACAAAUUAGUGCGCAGUCACCGGUGGGUGCACCGAUGGUGGUUGCCCGGCGACGUCCGCCCAGCACGUUGGCCGGCCAGUUGCCGAUGGCCGGCAUUAGAGGCGCCAUAGGCAUCAGCUGGCUGUUGCCGCUACUAUUCGCCAUUGCCGCGCCGCUAAUUUGCAGCAUUAUUGGCAAAGGACCGCGCCACUGGUGGCUGGAGGUGAUGUGGACGAAGCGGGCCACGGAUGCGAGCGGUGCAACAAUGGGUGGGGCCAACGGUGGUGCUGAGACAGCAGAUGACAAGUACGAAGGACUCUAUUAUGCCACGCACACGCUGCUCAAUGGCGAUAAUUUACUGCUCGAACCGGAGACGCUGCUCGGCAAUGCAACGCGACGCAGCGCGGCGACAACGUUGGGGCAAGACGAGGACGCUGUCGCAACAACGUCCAUCUCAUCAAUCAUCGAUAGCAGCAUCACCAGCAGUAGCAGUAGCAGUAGCACCAGCAGUAGCAGCAGUUUCGUCACAGCCACGGCGGCUGCCUUCACAUCCGGCCCUGGAAUGGGCGCUGCGUCGGUGGCAGCGUCGCCAUCGCUGAGCUUCAUUCUAUUCGUUUGCAUCGAUUUGCUCUUCAUCUUGCUAUUCUUUGCACUGUUCGCCAUUUUAAUGAAGAAACUUUUGUGGCUCUGGCACAAGAAUCGCAAUGUUCACACGCAUCCGUUGGAUAAAUUCAAUCUGGCGCUGCGCAGGAGGCUCGGUCUACUUUAUCGCGCUGGUGGCUUGUUGGUCGCCAAACUGUGCACCGAUGGAUUUUUCAUCGUUUAUGUUAAUUCCACGCCGGAAACUUUAUGGGCAUAUCCAUUUGGCAUAUCGUGCAUACUAUUGGGUUUCGCAAUACUCUGCUGUUUCAUUUUUAAGGCGGAGAGCCAACUGCGGGGACCCCCCUUCCUCAGUAGCAAUGGGAGCAGUCAGAACAACUCGCUGAAGCAGACCAAGUUCAACACGAGCAAGACCAGUCUGGACGAUAACUAUUGCACGGCGAGCAUCAACAGUCCACUGAGCUUCUACACCAGCCACGACAAGGAGAAGGAGAGCGAAUGCCUGCCAGCAACAGGCGGUGUGGUGGGAGGAAGCGUUGCACCACCGUUGCAAUCCAAACAGGGCCUCGAGCUGUCCAGCGCAACAGGCAACAUUCCGGGGAGUGUGGCGAGCGGGGCCGGAGGCGGAUGCGUACAGCUGCCGUUGACAAUCAUCUCCACGGCACCACGUUGCCAGCCCACAAGCACGGCUGAGACAUUUCUCUCGGGCGGUGGCUUGAUGGCAUUGGCAGAGCAACCGCUGCCGCUGUCGGUUGCCUCGCCUGCCACCCGCUGCUGUGCCCUACUCAGUGGCAAUGGGGGAUUGGGCAGUGCGUCCGCCACGCAGGCAGUUAACGCUCUCGGCUAUGGCUACGAUGCCUACACAAUGGGCGGCGGCAUGACCAACAGCCUGGGGCGACGCGCCUUACAUCAGCAACAUCUGCAACACUAUCAGGCGCCCUGUGGCGACUUUGUUGGCGUCGAGACGCUGGACAUACUGCAAGGGGUGUCACCAGACAGUAUCAUAGGCAUCUUGCCGUCGGCCACGCCCCACACUCACUACAUGCCGCUCCAGCACAAUCCCUAUGUGGACUUCAUUCCCACAUCCCUGAUGCUGAGCAUGCCAGGACCGGCAACAGCACCACUGCCGCCACCCACAAUCAGCGGCAAUCUGAGCGGUUUGGCGACAACCCUGCCCACGCCGAAGACACAAAAACGGGUGACAAUUCUGGAGCCCACAUCGCGCACCACCUUCGAUCCGCUGCUGCCCACAAUGGUGGCAGCGGUGGUGUCGACCACCAGCACCACAACAACAACAGCAGCGGCCAUACCGCCCGCCCAGAAAUGUGGAAGCGGGGUGGGGGAAGCGGAUGCUACGCUGGAUCGCAUAACGCACGAUCUGGACUAUCUGCUCAAUCGCGGCAGCUUGGAUGUGGAUCCGGUGGCGUCGACGCAGCCACCGCCACCACCACCACCGGCUGUAGUGAGCAAGACCUGCGACCCAACACCCCCAAAGCCUCAACAGCAACAACAACAGCAACAACAGCAACAGAGCAGCAUGCUAUAA